CGGCUCGUACAAUCUUUUGCCUGCUACACCCACCACCAGUCCUACCCAUCUGUCACUUGUUGCCACUUCGCCGUGCGACUGCAUCCUCACUCUCACUCUCAUUAUUCUCAUUCGCAGCCUGCCCCGCUGUCGCCAUAAGACGCCAACCAGCACCAUAUCUACCAUAUCUCCCACGCCUACGGUCCGCAUCGACCUCGCCCUCGCCCUCGCCCUCGCCCUACCAACCAACCUUCCACCCUCGACAUACGCCCUGUUUGCCUUCUCGUCGUUCACUCCGUAGCUGUAUACCUCCGUCCACUGGCUUGACCCUGCCUCGACAGUCCAGAACAAUGACUACAGACGCCAUGCCGAUACUGCAGAGCCGGCCUGAGGGCCCAAUGGACACCGAGCGUCUGGCAGAUCAACUCGAGAAGCCAUUGUUGGACAACAGAUCAUAUCGAGUGAUAAGACUGCCAAACAAGCUAGAGGCCCUGCUCAUACACGAUCCAGAUACAGACAAGGCCUCUGCCGCCAUGGACGUCGACGUGGGCAGCUUAGCAGACCCCGAAGACAUGCAGGGAAUGGCGCAUGCGGUCGAGCACUUGUUAUUUAUGGGCACAGAGAAGUUCCCCGGCGAGAACGACUACAACGCAUAUCUGAGCAAGUAUGGUGGCUACAGCAAUGCCUUCACUGCUCCCACAUCGACCAACUACUAUUUCGAGCUCUCUUCGUCAUCCACAUCCAACAGCCCAAGCUCUUCCGCCAGUACGAGUCAAGCCAGUCUGCCUCUGCCGAAGAUCAAAAAGCACGAAGCUCCUCUAUAUGGCGCGCUUGAUCGAUUCUCACAAUUCUUUGUUGCGCCGUUGUUUCUUGAGGCUACCCUAGACCGCGAGCUGCGAGCUGUGGACUCGGAAAAUAAGAAGAAUUUACAAGCCGACAAUUGGCGCAUGAUGCAGCUGAACAAGGCCACCUCCAGCCCUCACCAUCCAUACCAUUUGUUUGCAACCGGCAAUUACGAUAUUUUACACGAUAAGCCUAUUGAGCGAGGAGUCAAGAUUCGCGAGGAGUUCAUCAAGUUCUAUCAAAAGCAAUAUUCUGCGAAUCGAAUGAAGCUAGCUGUGUUGGGCAGAGAAAGCUUGGACGAGUUACAAGCCUGGACGGAAGAGCUCUUCUCCGACGUGCCAAAUAAGAAUCUCCCCAAGCUGAGAUGGGAUGGCAUUCCUGUCCAGACGGAAAAAGAGCUCGGCACUCAGAUCUUCGCAAAACCAGUCAUGGACCAAAGGACGAUGGAAAUAACCUUCCCAUACCCCGACGAAGAAGAUCUGUAUGAGUCUCAGCCGUCUCGCUACAUCUCUCAUCUGGUGGGCCACGAAGGACCAGGCAGCCUUCUGGCAUACCUCAAAGCCAAGGGAUGGGUUAGCGAGCUCAGCGCAGGUGCCAGCUCUGUGUGCCCCGGAGCUGCUUUUUUCACGAUUGGCAUGCGACUGACGACACAAGGACUCGCAAACUACCAGGAGAUUGUGAAGGCUACCUUUCAAUACAUUUCUAUGCUCAAGGCUGAGCCUCCGCACAAGUGGAUCGCAGAUGAGCAAGCUCAACUCAGCGAGAUCGAGUUCCGAUUCCGUCAGAAGAUCCCAGCUUCACGAACAACCAGCCACUUGAGCGGUGUCAUGCAGAAGCCGCUUCCACGCGACAAGCUGCUCAGCGGCCAAGCCUUGAUACGCAAGUUCGACCCAGAGGCCAUCCAGCGUGGUCUUGACUGUCUGACCCCAUCAAACUUCCGUUUCACUCUUAGUGCUCAGGAUUUCCCGGCCGAUUUUUGGGACAAGAAGGAGAAGUGGUAUGGAACACAGUAUAAGAUGGAGCGCAUCCCUAACGAUCUCAUGGCCGACCUCAUCGAGAUCAUCCGGACACCUGCCAAACGGCCUUCAGAGCUUCAUCUGCCGGCCAAGAACGAGUUUAUUCCUCAAAGACUGGACGUGGAGAAGAAAGAGGUCUCUGCGCCAGCCACGACGCCAAAGCUGCUCCGCAAUGACCGCAAUGUGCGUCUAUGGUUCAAGAAGGAUGACCAGUUCUGGGUACCGAAAGCAAACGUUCACGUCGCUCUACGGAACUCUAUUACCGAGACCAGUCCUUUCACGGCCGUAGUAGCAAUGUUGUACAAGGAUCUUGUGGACGACAGCUUGACAGAGUAUGCCUACGAUGCCGAGCUUGCCGGUCUCGAAUAUGUGGUCUACAGAUCUGCAGGCAGGCUUGAGCUCACUGUUAGUGGCUACAACGACAAGAUGCAUGUGCUGCUCGAAAAAGUGCUCAUCGCGUUGCGCGAUCAUGAGGUCAAGGAGGAUCGUUUCGAGAUCAUCAAAGAGCGUGCGCUCCGUAGCUUCAAGAACUCCGAAUAUGCCGAUCCUUACCGACAGAUUGGACGCUUCUCUCAGUGGAUUGCUCGAGACAAGCAUUGGAUUCAGCUGGACUACAUUGAAGAAUUGCCUUCGGUCACCAUUGAGGACGUACGCCGAUUUGGAAAGGAAUGUCUGCGCCAGAGCCACAUCGAAAUUCUUGCUCACGGCAAUCUCUACAAGGAGGAUGCUUUACGCAUCUCCAAUCUUGUGGAAGCCACCCUCAAACCACAGCCACUUCCCAAGAGUCAGUGGGAAAUCAAUCGUACUACAGAGUUCGCAUGUGGUGUCGACUAUGUCUACGAGCAUACAUUGAAGAACCCGGAGAACGUGAAUCACUGCCUGGAGUAUAGCAUUCUUCUCGGCAAUGCUCAGGAGAGGGAUGUACGCGCAAAGGCUCUGCUACUCGACCAGAUGCUCACGGAACCUGUCUUCGACACUCUGCGCACCAAGGAACAGCUUGGAUACAUUGUUGGCGGUGGUGCCCUCAUCUUGAUCGCCAAGAUCGGCUAUCGGAUUCUGAUCCAGAGUGAAAAAGACUGCGACUAUCUGGAGCAGCGUACUGACAGCUUCCUGGUCAAAUUCGAGCAGCAGUUGCGAGAUAUGUCCGAUAAAGAUUUCCAGGAGCACAAGAUCAGUGUGAUCAACAAGCGACUGGAGAAGUUGAAGAAUCUGAGCCAGGAGAGUGCACGUCUCUGGCACCAUAUCUGCUCUGAGCAGUUCGACUUCGAUCUUGUCUACCGCGACGUGGAACACAUUGAGACUCUGACCAAGGACGAGCUACUCGAAUUUUACCAAAGGAAGUUCCUCCCAGGCUCAUGUGAGCGCCAAAAGUACGCCAUUCAUCUUGUUGCGCAAUCCUCACCUGAAGAUAUUGCUGCCAAGAUGGACCCGGCAGACCAGCGAGAGAAGCUUGCUGAGGAGAUCGACAAGCUGCUGGUGCAGAUGCUGCAAGGUGCUCCGGGCAUGGACAAGGCUGCCCUAGUAGCAGAAUUCGAGAAGGUCAACGUUGCCGAUGGCGAUGUGCCGACCAUCUUGUCUGCUGUUGGCGCAUACCUCGCCGCCAAUGGCAUGCCGGAAGAAGUCAUCAGCCAAAUUCUCGCUCAAGGUGAAAUUGCUCUCCCACAGCUUCUACCUGCUGCUGGAAUUGUGGCCAAGCAUCAGCCUACGCCAAAGGAAGAAAUUAGCACGAAUGGUAGCAAUGCCAGCACUGAAACGCUCGAGUUUAAGAAGAACAAGCUUGUUCAAAUCAAGGAUGUGCGAGCUUUCAAGGCUAGCUUGCCAUUAUCUGCUGGGCCUGUACCGGUGAAGGACAUUACGGAGUUUGAGGAGCUAGAGCCGAAGUUGUAAGCGUAUAAGGGAGGUGGAGAGGCAAGGGGAUUCACAGGGCGUUUGGAAGAGAGACAACGCGCAAAGCGAGGCGAUAUGUGGUAAGGCUUGAUGUAAGUUUUGAAGGGGGUAGAUAAAUAGGAGCGUUGAUGGGUUUCGGAUUGAUGAUAUGAUACACACAGCGCGGUGUUUUCGGCAACAUUGAAAGCAAUCCUCGCCAUUGCACUUCUAGAAAUCACAAUAUCACUUGUUUGUUGUAGGAAGAGUGAAAGACAGGAAGACGAGCUCGAUAAGCCUAAUACGCCACCACCACCACCAAGACAGAUCACGACCUC